AUGCUGCAGCAGCCAGCAGGCCCCAGCAGCAGCAUCAGCAGCAAAGGCAGCAGCCUCAUCGACGCAGCCAGCAGCAGCAGCAGCAGCAGCAGCAGCAGCAGCAGCAAAAGCAGCAGCAGCAGCAGAAGCAGGAAGGAGGAUGAGGUCCCUCGGCCCCCUCUAUACGACCUCAUACUUGCAGCUGAGCACAUGGGCGUUGACUACAGGCAGCUGCUGCAGGAGGGCUACAACAGCAGCAGCAGCAGCAGCAGCAGCAGCAGCAGCAGCAGCUUGCUGCUGCAGCAGCAGCUGGAAGACAGCGACGAAGAUGAAGACAACACCCUUGAGGAAGACCCCCUCGCGAUGCAGCGAGUGUUAGCAGUUCCCCCCAGUCAGCAGCAGCAGCAGCUAGUGCCUGUUGCUGCAGCAGAUGCUGCUGCUGCUGCUGCUGCAGCAGCAGCAGAAUCCGAUGAGCCUCCUAAAGAAAAGCCGUGGUGGCGAACCCGCUGGGGUGUACGGGGAGCUUUCUUCCGCUACAAGGGUGCGGUGCUCCUCCUUGCUGCUGCUGCUGCUGCUGCUGCUGCUGCUGCUGCUGCUACUGUGGUUCCUGCUGCUGCUGCUGCUGCUGCUGCUCAUUGCGCGCCCCCUGUGCCUCCUCUUGCUGUUCAGGCGUUGCAUGUGCUCCUCCUUGCUGCUGCUGCUGCUGCUGCUGCUCAUUCGCUUUCCCGCUGCUGCAGCUGCUCCAUUUCCUUGCUGCUGCUGCUGCUUCCUCUACUUGCUGCAGCUGCUGCUGCUGCUGCUGCUGCUGCUCAUUGUCCACCUGCUUUGCCUCCUUUUGCCCCUCAGGUGUUGCAUAUGCUAUUAGUAAAGAAGGGCACUGGCAGGUGCUGCCAGGGGGCCCCCAGGGGGGCCCCCAGGGGGGCCCCCUGUGGGGCCCCCGGCGGCGGCACCGGCCGCAUGCAACUUUGCGCAUGCGGCGGCGGCAGCGGGAAGCUGCUCAUUUGGGGCUUCGGGCUGAGCUGCUGCAGUCUGCUGCUGCUGCUGCUGCUGCUGCUGCUGCUGCUGCUGCUGGGGGUGCUGCUGGUGGUGGUGCUGCUGCUGGAGGCGGCGCCGCUGCAGCAGCAGCGCCAGCAGCAACAGCAGCUAUGGCCCGCCGUCGCAGCUGAGAGUGGCCCGCAGCUUUUGCUGCUGCUGCUGCAGCAGCGAAACGCUGCUGCUGCUGCUGCAGCAAGACGCUGCUGCUGCUGUUGCAUAGCAGCAAAACUGAAGAGAUGGUGUUUGCGUUGA